AUGGACUGUGUUGAAGGGCUGAAGCAUUUGUGUCUGAAUGCUGAUUUUGGGUUUGGGUUUCUGGUAUUUGGGUGGUUUGGGCAAGUGUAUAAGGUUUUGGGCUUGUUCUUGUUGUUCGGUUUGGGGUUAAGGGUCUUGCAGUUUAGUUGGUAUUGCAAAGGUUGGAACCGUUUUCUUUGUGAUUUUUGUGGAAAAUCAGGUGAAUUGAGAAAUGGGUAUUGCUCAAAAAAUGAUUUUGAUGAGAAAUGCAGUGCAAAGAUGAAAUUUUGCAAGAAUGGGUUAUUAGAAGAGGAAAAAGUGAAGUGUGUUUCAGACGAUGAAUUGAAUGAUGAUGAACAAGAGUGUUGUGAUGAAGAUAAAUUGUUUGAUGUUUUGUCACUGAGAAAAAUGGUUAAGAUUGAGAGGCAGAGAGCAAAUGCUGCUUCUUUGGAACUUGAGAAGGAGAGAAUGGCAGCAGCAACAGCAGCUGAGGAAACAAUGGCAAUGAUUUUGCGGCUACAGAAUGAAAAGAGUUUGGUUGAAAUGGAAGCAAAUCAAUAUAAAAGGUUGGCUGAGGAGAAGCAAUUACAUGACCAAGAAGUAAUCCAAUCAUUACAAUGGCUUGUACUUAAGCAUGAAUCAGAAAGGAGUAUCUUGGAAGACCAACUCAAAUUAUGUUGUAGAAAAAAGUUGAAGUCUUUUGGGAGAAGAGAUGAUGAAGGGGACCACUCAGAAGUAGUAGAUGAGGAAAAUCAUAGUUCUCUCAACACCAACUUGGAUGAUGCUUUUCACUAUACCCUCUUUAGCUCUCUUGACGUGGAUUUGUCACCAGAGUAA